CUUUUCCGUUGCGGAAACCGGGAGGGGGGCUCGCCUCUGCGCUGUGUUUUGCUGCAGAAGGCGACGGCGCUCCUGAGCAUGUGCAGAGAGCAUCGUAGAUAUGGCCGAAGAGGAGCUGGACUUGCUGCUGAGCGGUAAGGGCUGGCCUGUCCCGGAGGAGUACGAUGCCGGGCCCCCGCCGCCUCUGCAGCCCGUCCGUCUGCGGAGAAACACCUGCUACGUCGUGAUGGCCGUGCUGCUGAACGAGAAGAACGAAGUGCUGAUGAUGCAGGAGGCGAAGCUGGAGUGCCACGGGACGUGGUACCUGCCUGCAGGGCGGAUGGAGCCCGGAGAGACCAUUGUGGAAGCCAUGCAGCGGGAGGUGAAGGAGGAGGCGGGCUUGGACUGUCAGCCGCUCACCCUGCUGGCGGUCGAGGACCGGGGCCCCUCCUGGCUGCGGUUCAUCUUCCUGGCUAGACCGACUGGUGGCACCCUGAAAAGUCUGCAGGAUGCAGAUGAAGAAUCGCUGCAGGCCCGGUGGUGGGACCGGAAGUCUCCUUCUCUACCACUACGAGCCAGGGAUAUUGUGCCCUUUAUGGAUCUUGCUCUGCAGUAUCAAGCCAACCCUUGCCAUCCACUUUUGCUGCCUGUGGAACUGCCUUGUGCUGUGAUCUGCCAGAGGCUUCUGGCUGUGUUUACUGACAGUGGUGGUGCUCCAUGGGUGCUCCUGGGCACAGCAAGGUCUCUGCACUUGCCUGUGGUUGUGAGUGGUGUGUCUUCGUCAGCACGGGGCAGUAGACUUCUGGUGGCCAUUCAUCAGCUGCUCCAGGAGUGCCUGCCACCCCCUCACAUGGUGGUACAGGUCCGUGGCUUGCUUGGGCUACAGCAUCUCGGCAAGGAGCCAGGCCAAAGCGAUGGCAUCUGCUUCAACACAGUAGUGACAAUUGGGGACUUUGGCCAGUGCUCAAAGGAGAAACCGCCAGAGUUGCAGAGCAAGGCCUUCCAUUGGUGGAAGGUUGAGGAUGAGGACCUAAAGAGCAGAGUCCUUCAGAGACUCAGCACGUCAUCCUUCAUCCCAGUUCAUUAGCUAGGUCCCCAGGAUGCAACGGCUUGAAAUAUGACGGUGUUUGGCUAACUGGGGCUUGGGAAGAAGCAUGCCCAUUACAGCCAGACUGUUAGGUCCUUUAAAAUCCCUCGCAUGAUGGGCCUCGCAUGUUGGGUCUGUCUUGGCAGAACUAGUUGUCCAGCCAGGAAAGCCCUUGUUUAUGCCAACACAUGCACCUUGCUAUUGGGACAAGUGCUUUGGAGAGAUCUAGAAUGGAAACAGGAGACAAGCAUAAAGUACCACUGAGGGUAACUAAGCAUUUCUGCAUUUACAUAAACUUGCAUAAUGUAUGCCUAAAUAUAGGAAAUUCACCAAUAUUAAUUUUAUCCCUUGAGGAAUACUGGGCUGUAGGCACAGCUGAAUCCCUGCCUGCUCCCCCUCUGCAAUGGAAGCUAAAAUCUGCCAGUUUCCAACAUCUGAGGAACACAUCCUUUUUCUAAGAGGUCCACAGCAAGGCUUAUGCAAUAUUAAAGUUACUUCUGCAUCCUUGGCACUGUUGGCAGAAGUGUGGCUCAGCUUGAGGCUCAGAGCAGUGCUGUCAUUUUGCUGGGGCCUCUUAGCCUGGUUUCUCCUGGCAAAAUUCAACAUGGCAAUGCUUAUUAUGGCUUUGUGCAAAACAAAUAAAAGCCCAGUCUCCUCUA